CUCCAUAUAACAUUUCCAAAAGGCUUACUGUACCCUGUGCAAAAAUGGUGUCCAGUUUGAACAUUAUUCUGGGCAUAGCCUUUCAACUCUUGCUUGGCGUGAAAAGCUCAAUGGUAAAUUUAAAUAACAAUGGAUAUGAUGGCGUUGUCAUUGCAAUUAAUCCCAGUGUACCAGAAGAUGAAAAGCUCAUUCAAAACAUAAAGGAAAUGGUACUUGAAGCUUCUACUUACCUGUUUCAUGCCACCAAACAAAGAGUAUAUUUCAGGAAUGUAAGCAUUUUAGUUCCAAUGACCUGGAAGACAAAACCUGAGUACUUAAUACCAAAGCAAGAAUCAUAUGACCAGGCAGAUGUCAUAGUUGCUGAUCCUUAUCUGAAAUAUGGAGAUGAUCCCUAUACACUUCAGUAUGGACAAUGUGGACAAAAAGGACAAUAUAUACAUUUUACUCCAAACUUCCUGUUGACUGAUAAUUUGCCUAUUUAUGGGCCCCGAGGCAGAGUAUUUGUCCAUGAAUGGGCCCAUCUCCGGUGGGGAGUAUUUGACGAGUACAAUGUAGACCGGCCAUUCUAUAUUUCCAGAAGGAACACUAUUGAAGCAACAAGAUGUUCAACUCAUAUCACAGGUCUUAAUGUGGUUUUAAAGGAAUGCAAGGGGGGCAGCUGUAUAACAAGGCCGUGUAGACGUGAUUCACUGACGGGGCUGUAUGAAGCAAAAUGUACAUUCAUCCCAGAAAAAUCCCAAACUGCAAAGGAAUCCAUAAUGUUCAUGCAAAAUUUCAACUCUGUAGUUGAAUUUUGUACAAGGAAAACACACAAUACAGAAGCUCCAAACCUACAAAACAAAAUGUGCAACCACAGAAGCACAUGGGAUAUAAUCAUGGGCUCUGAUGAUUUUCAAAAUGUAUCUCCCAUGAAAGGAAUGGAUCCUCCAGCUCCUCCUACAUUUUCAUUGCUCAGGUCCAAACAGCGAGUAGUCUGUUUGGUUCUUGAUAAAUCCGGAAGCAUGGCUGCAGAAGAUCGUCUCAUCCGAAUGAAACAAGCAGCAGAACUCUACUUGAUUCAAAUUAUUGAAAAGGGAUCUUUGGUUGGGAUGGUCACAUUUGAAAAUGUUGCUCAAAUAAAAAAUUAUCUAACAGAAAUAACUGAUGAUAAUGCUUACCAAAAGAUCACUGCAAACUUGCCUCAAGAAGCUAGUGGUGGAACUUCAAUUUGCAAUGGACUCAAAGCAGGAUUCCAGGCAAUUACCCACGAUAACCAAAAUACUUCUGGUUCUGAAAUCAUAUUACUAACAGAUGGGGAAGAUUCUGAAAUAAGUUUAUGCUUUGAGGAGGUAAAACAAAGUGGUGCCAUCAUCCACACCAUUGCUCUGGGACCUUCUGCUGCCAGAGAACUGGAGACUCUGUCAAAUAUGACUGGAGGAUAUCGUUUUUAUGCCAAUAAAGGCACAAGCGGCCUUAUCGAUGCUUUCAGUAGAAUUUCAUCUAGAAGUGGCAACAUCUCUCAACAGGCUAUUCAGCUGGAAAGUAAAGCCUUAAAUAUUUCAGGAAGAAAAUGGAUAAAUGGUACAGUGCCUGUGGAUAGUACAAUUGGAAAUGACACUUUCUUUGUUGUCACAUGGACAAUGCAAAAACCAGAAAUUCUUCUUCAAGAUCCAAAAGGAAAGAAAUACAAAACCCCAGAUUUCAAAGAAGAUAAACUAAAUAUUCGAUCUACCCGUCUUCAGAUACCAGGUAUUGCAGAGACAGGCACUUGGACUUACAGCCUUCUAAAUAAUGAUAUUAACUCUCAAAUGCUAACAGUGACAGUGACUUCUCGAGCAAGAAGUCCUACAACACUCCCAGUGAUUGCAGAUGCUCACAUGAGUCAAAAUACAGCACAUUUCCCUAGCCCACUGAUUGUUUAUGCACGAGUCAGUCAAGGGUUUCUGCCUGUUCUGGGAAUCAAUGUGACAGCCAUUAUAGAAAACGAAGAUGGACAUCAAGUAACAUUGGAGCUCUGGGACAAUGGUGCAGGUGCUGAUACUGUCAAGAAUGACGGCAUCUACUCGAGGUACUUUACAGAUUACCAUGGAAAUGGUAGAUACAGUUUAAAAGUGCGUGCCCAGGCAAGAAAAAACACAGCUAGACUAAAUUUAAGGCACCACCAGAAUAAAGCUAUAUACAUACCAGGCUACGCUGAAAAUGGUACAAUUAUAGCAAACCCACCCAAACCUGAAGUCAAAGAUAAUGUGACAAAACCUGGAGGAGGAGGAGGAGACAUCAUUAGAGUAGUGUCUGGAGGGACGUUUACUGUAUCAGGAGUUCCUGCAGAUAAUCAUAAUCCCACUCCCAUGUUCCCACCUGGUAAAAUUAAAGACCUUGAAGCUAAAUUUAAAGGAGAUCAUAUUCAACUUUCAUGGACUGCUCCUGGAAAUAGCCUUGAUAAAGGAAAAGGUAACUGCUAUGUUAUGAGAAUAAGCAAGUGUUUCCUGGAUCUCCAAGAAGAUUUUGACAAAGCUGCUUUAGUGAAUACUUCUAGUCUGACACCUAAGAAGGCUGGCUCAGUAGAAAUUUUUGAAUUUAAACCAGAAUCUUUUAAAAUAGAAAAUGGCACCAAAUUCCACAUUGCAAUUAAAGCCAUCAAUGAAGCCAAUCUCACCUCAGAGGUUUCUAACAUUGCUCAGGCAACCAAGUUUAUUCCUUCGCAGAAGCCCAGUGCCCCUAAUCUAUGUACCAAUAUUUCUGCCUUCAGUUUGGCAGUUUGGGGAUUAGCUGUGAUUGCUAUCUAUAUUUUAAACUGGAAAUUGUAUUAGAACUAAAAUUCAAUGUUAUAUAUACUUGGUAAACAUUUAUUUAGAAGUUAAUUUACUAUACUCAUUGUCUAUUAUAAAACUCUGUAAUACAAUAAUGAACAUACAAAAGUUGUAAAUUUCCUAAUUAUUUCAGUAAAUUAGUAUUAAUUGAGUUGCUAAAGAUAAAUCAAAAUGACUAUACUAUUCCCUUUCUUUCAAAAAUCCAUUUAUUAAUUUUUAAUGUAAAGAGAAAAUGC